GCGAUGCCGGCGGGCCUGAGCCCCGCUGAGCUCCCGCUGUCUGCUGCACUUCCAGAGGAGGAGGCCCCGCUGCAGGAGGAGCCGGGAGGCGGAGAAGAGGCGCCGCGAGUCGUGGAUUUGGAGCAGCUGGUGCCCGUGGGGGGCGUGUUCCACAUCUCUGUCCUGCGGCUGCCGCCCCAGGCCCAGGACGUCGGGGACUGGAUCAUGGUGGAGCUGCUGGAUGUUGGACUGGAGGAGUAUCCAUAUUCCUCAGGAAAGGCUGAAGAUGGCACACAGGAAGCAGUACAGAUCACCCUGAGGCUCCCUGAUAAUGUGAUUUAUUUUGAAGUGCCUGUGCUAGCCCGAUGGGAUCCUGCAGGCCAAUGGUGGAGAACUGAUGGCAUCAGCAAGAUAACCUAUGAAGCAGAAGAAAAGAGGAUCACCUUCAGCAUGGGUGGCUUUUCUACAGUAGCCCUUCUCCAGGAUGCUCACCUGAACCUGCCCUGUCAGGCCUGGGAAUUGCACCCUACUGGUGUGGAUGAAGGACUCUUCACAGUCACCGCAGUCUUUGCAACCAUUCAGAUACAAAUUAAGGAUAAUCAGUGUAUGUUGUCUUCAGUAGUGGUGGAAGAGAAGGAGGUGCUUUCCCACAUCACAGGGAAAUGGAUGAGUCCUGUUGCCCUCAGAGCAGCUUUGAAAAGAGCUGGAGUGAACAUUUUCCCAGCAGAGCACUCUCCCAAGUAUGUCCCUGUGCCCAGGAAGGGUGCCCUGGCAGAAGUGAGGGCCUAUGAACAGAUGGCUCUGCUGGCAGCUGCUUUUGCUUUUGCUCACAGCAAGUGGAAUGGAGAAGCAGGGCCAGAGCAAGUUGUGUUCAAGGUGAGUGAACAUCUGAGAGCAGGUUCUGCCAAAGGCAGCCACUGGUCUCUUUUGAUGUUCGAUGGUGAGAAAGUGCAACACCUCAAGCUCACUGAAACCAGUGAAGCUUUUUCAGAAGAGAUGCAAGAAGAGUCUCAAUUUCACUCCACACUCUACCAUAUGGUCAAGGAGUCUGCCAGCAGUGAAGCCAUGGAAAAAGUGGAAAGAGCUGGCUGCAUGUUCAUUGAUUCUGUGUAUCAGCUGCUUCUUGCUACCAGAGUCUUAGCAUACUCUUAGAUACUACUGCAUGCUUUCCUUCAAAACUUUAUUAUCAAAAGCUUUCAAUAAAGUUACAUUUCAAGUCUUAAAUACUUUUCUAUUCAAAACAUUGAAACAGGUUCUGAAAUGCAAACAUUUUAUCUUUGUUCAAGCAAAAUAAAUUCUUUACU